UCCCCCUUUGGCUCGGGUUCCCUGCCCCUCCCCCUUCCCGGAGCCCCGAGGGGCCGGAGCUCCUGGCGGUGCCGGAUCCUGACGGUGGCCUUUCCCCGGGUCUGUAAGUGCGGAGGCGGCCGGAGCGCCGGGUAGGGGUACGAGGUCUCUCAAAAUGGAGCCCCCUUGGGGCCCUGGAUUGGCCGGGACCUGCACUGGGAUGGGGGCCGAGGGUCUGGCCUAGGCCCGGGGGAACUUAAGGAGCCCUUGGCCCAACCCAUGCUGUGCCCCGCCCCUUUCCCUCCCCAGUGUCUGGAGUGGGGAGCCUUAAGGAUGCCCCAGGGACCUCCUACUGAGACCCCAGCCGAGGGCCCUGCAGUUGGCUUGAAUGCUCCACUCUGGCAUCUUAUAGGAAGCUGGGCCAUGGCAAGGCCUCAGUGCCAGACCGCGAGAAUCACUAUGAGUGCUAACCUAGGUUACCCUUUUGCUACAGCACCUUCUAUGUUUCUGGCGCCGUGUCAGACACUGGGGUUUUGUAAGAUAUUGUUCCAAUUUUCAGGGUCAAGUUUGGGAGCCAGAUAAAAACAAGUCUGCCAAAAUGUCUGAAAGAUCAGAUCUCCUUCACUUCAAGUUUGAAAAUUAUGGAGAUUCAAUGUUACAAAAAAUGAACAAAUUAAGAGAAGAGAAUAAAUUUUGUGAUGUUACAGUUCUCAUAGAUGAUAUUGAGGUGCAGGGGCAUAAAAUUGUGUUUGCUGCAGGUUCCCCCUUCUUAAGAGACCAGUUUUUACUGAACGAUUCCAGAGAGGUGAAAAUCUCCAUAUUACAGAGUUCCGAAGUGGGGAGACAAUUGCUCUUAUCCUGUUAUAGUGGUGUGCUGGAAUUCCCUGAGAUGGAACUGGUAAAUUACUUGACUGCUGCGAGUUUUCUUCAGAUGAGCCACAUUGUAGAACGGUGCACGCAGGCCUUGUGGAAGUUUAUAAAGCCAAAACAACCAAUGGAUAGUAAAGAGGGAUGUGAACCACAGAGUGCUUCUCCCCAGUCAAAAGAACAUCAGGGAGAUGCCAGAGGCUCCCCAAAGCAGGACUCACCUUGUAUUCAUCCAUCUGAAGACAGUAUGGAUAUGGAGGACAGUGAUAUUCAGAUUGUUAAGGUAGAAUCUAUUGGGGAUGUAUCAGAGGUUAGAAGUAAAAAAGAUCAGAACCAGUUUAUUUCUUCUGAACCCACUGCUUUACAUUCAUCAGAGCCCCAGCACUCUCUGAUAAAUUCAACUGUGGAAAACAGAGUAAGUGAAAUAGAACAGAACCAUCUCCACAAUUAUGCCCUCUCCUACACAGGCAGUGAUAACAUCAUCAUGGCCUCAAAAGAUGUCUUUGGGCCUAAUAUUCGAGGUGUAGACAAAGGCCUACAGUGGCAUCACCAAUGCCCAAAGUGUACCAGGGUGUUUCGCCACCUGGAGAACUACGCCAACCACUUAAAAAUGCACAAACUCUUUAUGUGUCUACUCUGCGGCAAGACUUUUACUCAGAAAGGCAACCUUCAUCGACACAUGCGUGUGCAUGCCGGCAUUAAACCUUUCCAGUGUAAAAUCUGUGGGAAAACCUUUUCUCAGAAGUGUUCCUUACAGGAUCAUCUUAACCUUCACAGUGGAGAUAAGCCCCAUAAGUGUAACUAUUGUGACAUGGUUUUUGCACAUAAGCCAGUUUUGAGGAAACACCUUAAACAGCUGCAUGGCAAAAACAGCUUUGAUAAUGCCAAUGAAAGAAAUGUGCAAGACCUCACAGUGGAUUUUGAUUCUUUUGCAUGUACAACAGUCUCAGACUCUAAAGGGUGUCAGCCACAGCCUGAUGCAACGCAGGUGCUGGAUGCAGGUAAACUGGCCCAAGCUGUCCUGAACUUAAGGAAUGAUAGUACUUGUGUAAAUUGAGUAGGGGCUUUAUGCUCACAACUAGAACUGACUGAAAACGUGGCAAUAGUCUGAGUCUUUUUAGGAGUGAUUUUGCUAGUUUAACUUCUCCAAAGCCUCUGUGCCAGUUGUAGGGGUGAGUCAAAGCACUAACAGACCAGGCAACUUGCCACUUGGAGUGGUCUUGCCUUCCUUUUGUCCUCUCCCAUGUUCUGUUUUGAAUUAUUUAUCCUGUGAUAUCUGUUUUCCUUUCCCAAGGAGAGUAUUCCAUUUGUCUACCUAACAUUGACUUAUGUCUUAGACUGACACUAUUUUAGGCUUUCCACUGGGCACAUUCUGAAGGUACCAACAAAUCAAUAACAUUACCUGCACUCCACUAAUAGAUGCAAAGAGAAAUGAAUAAUAUUUUUCUUUGGCAGAAAAGAGGCUGAGAUACAAGGUGAUACUACCAUUGGCCUGAAUAUGUAAUAGAACUUCUGGUUGCCUAUCGAUAAUUCACCUAUGUCUGAUAAAUGAAUGAAUCUGCUUCCUACAAUUUGUAUUUGUUUUGGAGCUGGCUGUAAAGAAGUAUUUUGGUUUGUUCUGUACUCUUUUCAACAGCAUAUGGUCCAAUUUCAUGUCUUGAGAAUCAUUCACGUAGACCAGAGUACAAUUAUUGAGCACCUACUACUGUUGCAGAUAGUUAGGAAUCACCAUGAGGACCAUAAUCAACAAAAGAUAGAAUACAGUUAUACACCAGUACUAUUUGGGAGGUCUUCCCCAAAAGAUGCCAAAUGCUUGUAAUUAACGUGUAGCUUACUUGUUGAUGCUUUUGAAGUUGGGAUUGCUCCAAGCACACUUAAAAUGUGCUAAUGUAUAAUGGUCUCUCUAAAAAGGGGUUAUUUGGGAGUCAGUCUCUGGAGUUUGUUUUAGAAGAUAGCCAUCAGUAAUGUGAGUUUGGCCUUCAGAGUUUGUCCAGUGUAUUGCAGUAGUCUCUGAAUUUUCAUUUCCUUGUGUACCUUAAUUUCUAAAAUGGAUGAAAAAAGUGGGUCACAGAAUGAGCAAUCAGGUUUUUACAUUUAGAUAUUCCUGUAGAAAUAUACAGUCCCCCUUGCCAUGUUUGAUAACUUGCUAAUACAAAGUUGAUCUUCUGAUAUGGAAAAACAAAACCACUGUUUUUCCUAAAGCACAUAUUAUAGCUCAGAAAUAAAAUUUUGAGUCUUAUUAGUUUCUGACCCAUGAGUUAGAUUUAGGCAAUAGGAGUGUUUGAGUCCUUAGAGAAUCUUAAGAGUUCAUUUAGUCCACCUCUCUUUUUUAAGUUGGAGGUAUCCAAAGCCCAAAGAGGUGGCCUGGCCAAAGUUGGCCAAAGUAGUUAAGUAACUAAAUAUGAGCUAAUGUCUCCUCACUUCUUCUCACUGUCCCUUGACUUAAAAAGAUUUAGUACAUGAUCAAGAAUACCUUAGCAAAAAGCUCCUAGUUUGUGCUUCCCCUUUGUGAAUCCCUGUUUGCUUAGAGACAGCCUGGAUUUUGCAAACAAAAUAUCACAGAAGGAUUUAUUUUUGUAAAUUAAUUUUUGGUUAGAAUGAAUAUUACAUUCUUCCUAAGCAAGUGACUGAUUUGCUGGGUAUUGGUUAGGAAGGGAAAGGACAAGUAAGAAUAAUGUGAGAAGGAUCCAAAUGUGAAACUGAUUUUUGUCUGGAAACAGUGUUUAUUUAGUUUCAUCAGGAUUGUCUUUUCUUUUUUUGGUUUUUUUUGUUUGUUUGUUUGUUUGUUUUUUGUUUUUGAGCUAUGAGAGUCCAUGUACAGAAAAACCAAAAAUUAGGUUUAACUUGAGUAGGAAUUCUUGAUGCAUUUAUGUGUGAAUCUGAUUUGAAGUAUAAUUUCUACCUUUUGUUAAAAGAUUUAAAAUGAGAAUAAAAUUGAGUGAUAAGACUAAUAGGUAUCUUAUACCUAAUGUCACUCAUUAUAUGGUCUAAAGAUGCUGCCUAGCAUUCUGGUUUUUAUAUGAUCCAGCCAAAGAGUACCAAUUCUAUGCAACCAUGAGACACUAACAUGUUAACCAGUGUUUUGCUAUUUUUUUCUCUAAACGUCAUUUUAUCACAGGGAAAUUUCAAGUUGGAGUGCUUCCUUUACUUAACAUUCAUGCCCUGUUUUUGUUACCGGUUUGAAGACUAAAAGGCAUGGAUUCAAAUAAGAUUGGUCUCUUUGGUUGGAGACUAGUUCUGGAUUCAUUCAGUCAUUCAGGAAACAUUUAUUGAGCACCUGCUGUUACCAGGCACUAUGCUAGAUACUGAGGAUAUGGAGGUAAGAUGUCUGUGGUCCCUGCCCUCACAGACCUUACAGUCUCAUGUGGUCUUAGUGAGAUAAGGUGUCAGUUUGAUUUUACCCUAGGAAUAAUAAAGGAAACUGUCUUGCUUUCUUUGAUCAUUUAAAAUCAGCAACUUGAUGGUUUUGUAUCAGUAAAAUGUCUAGUUCUCACCUUUUGCAACUGCAAACCACUGAAGUGGUUAACAGUCACCCCCAUUUCUUCACUGGAGAGGUUUCUGUUUCUGUGAGACAUUUUCUUAAUUUACUUGAUUUUUCUCCUUUUUUAUUGAUACAUGUUUCUUAGAUUGCAUUGCAAAGUGGUCAAGUUACUGAUAUCAAAUACAUUUUACAGUAUUUGAUAGGGGAAGAUGACUUUCAAAACUAGUCAUAUUCUUAUAGAGGAGGAAGACCUUUUGAAACUUUAGACAUUCAGUAUUUGUAUUUUAUGGAUCCCCAGGAUAACAAGGAGAGAGGGCUCUCUUUACCAUAGUUUGGUUUAAAAAUUUUACUGUGUCAUGGUUAUUUAUUUAUUAUUUAAUAUUAAAGACAAACUCCAAACUGAAGUGGCUCUGAGGUAAAUCAGAUGUGGUUUUAAUUUGUUUCAGUUUGUUUAUUAGAAGAUCUAUAAAUGGAGGGUGACCAGUGUCACUACUUCUAAAAUCUUGUCCUAAACAAACAACCCAGAACAUUUUAUUUCAGCUGGUGAAUAGCUGUUCUAAAUCUGUUGUAUGUUAGACAUACUAUGAACUACCUCUUCACUUAUUAUGGGGAAGUUUCCUUAAUAAAAGUGUGACAAUUAAA